CACUUCCGUCGCCUUCUUUAUAACCUCCCCUCGGCGCCAUAUUUGGCGAUUAGACCCGCGGAGCUGCCCGAGAUCCAGUUCCCAUAGAGGGCUUCUCCAUCAACUGGUUCUCCGAGGUGGUUUUCCGCUUUCGUAUCUUUUCCUUUUCUGUCUGAAGUCCGCCUCCGGAGGAGGGAUCUUUCUUUUGGUAGGAGAGGGAAAAUGGAGGAGAAUGUUGGACUUGUUAAGGUGAUCAUCGUGCAAGGGAGGAAGCUGGCUAUCCGGGAUUUUACAAGCAGCGAUCCCUACGUUGUGGUCACAGUAGGAAAUCAGACUGCAAAGACAAAGGUCAUCAAGAGUUGCCUAAAUCCUGUUUGGAAUGAAGAAAUAACAUUCUCUGCGAAUGAACCUCUUGGUGUCUUAAAACUGGAGGUGUUCGAUAGGGACCGGUUCAAAUCAGAUGACAAGAUGGGUCAUGCCUUCCUCGAUCUUCGACCGCUUGCCUCAGCUUCAAAGUUGAAGCAAGCACUGCAGCUAACCACAGGCGAGACCAUGCUGAGGAAAGUAGCAGCUAACAGCGACAAUUGCCUCUUGGCGGACACAUCUGUCACAUACGUGAAUGGUGAGAUUGUGCUUGAUGCACGCUUGAAGCUGCGUGACGUUGAAUCAGGUGAAUUAUAUGUGACGGUCAAGUGGAUUGAUCACCCAACUACUAAUUGUGCAAGAGGCUAGAUAAAUUUAGGUCACUUGUUUUAAUCUUUCUUUCAUUUGGCAUCGAAAAAAGAACUUUUUCAGCAUUGUUAUUAUCUUGCUCAGGCCUGGUUUAAGAGGCAGUUGGGUCCAUUCGUAUCAGGUUUCUGUUUCUAAGUUCUGUAUCUUUUGAUAACCUGCCCCUCUUUAAGGAGGUUUUGUCAAAGACAUGAUUGGAUUCAAACUGACGCUGCAGCAGACUGCGUUGUAGAAGAUUAGGUGUCAUAAUUUGUAACAUAUGCCUUAAGACUGCUGAGAUGUUAGUUUACUUUCCUUUUAAGCCUGAAAGGCUUGCAGCAUGCAAAGAAGGAUUUCAGAGGUUGUCGAUGGCACCACAUGUGUAAUGCACGAACAAUCAUAAAUGACCUGUAAUGUGCCUACUUUGCUGGUACUUAAGAGUGGUCAAAUUGUCA